GUUUGGUUAUCGGGUAAUCGCUUAUUACUGCAUCUACUCCAAAAAAGUUAUUGUUCCGCCACUGGUGCCACAUUUUCUUACCGUGUUCGCCAUUUUCUUUCCUGUGAGCUGUGAGAAUGUGAGGUUAGACGUAUGACAGCAGUGGAGCAGUGGCAGUGGAAAUUUGGAAACAAUAACAAACCAUAUUUCUCUAUAUUUCCCUAUAUUGUUAUUUUUAGACUAUAAGGAGCCCUACAGACCUUACAAAUGUCUGAAAGAAAAGUUUUAAAUAAAUACUAUCCCCCUGAUUUCGACCCAGCCAAAAUCCCUCGCAUGAAACUACCUAAAAAUAGGCAGUAUACAGUGAGAUUGAUGGCUCCAUUCAAUAUGAGAUGUGCAACUUGUGGAGAAUACAUUUAUAAAGGCAAGAAGUUCAAUGCCAGAAAAGAAGAUGUUGAAAAUGAAGACUACCUUGGGAUUAGGAUAUACCGUUUUUACAUAAAGUGUACAAGAUGCCUGCAAGAAAUAUCAUUCAAGACAGAUCCCAAAAGCACAGAUUAUGAAAUAGAAGCAGGAGCAACCAGAAACUUUAUGGCAUUAAAGCUGGCAGAAGAACAAGCACUUCGUGAAGAAGAAGAGGCUAAGGAAGAAGAAGCAAGUAAUCCAAUGAAAUUAUUGGAAAAUCGCACAAAGCAGUCAAAGAAUGAAAUUGAACUGUUGGAAUCUUUGGAAGAAUUGAAAGACUUAAAUAGAAGGCAGGAAGUUGUAGACUAUGAAUCAAUGCUGUCUCAAUUUGACACAACAGUUUCCCAGAAAGAGAGGGAAGAAAGGAUAAGGCAAAUGGAUGAAGAGUAUAUCAAGUCGAUUAAAUUCCAGUCAGGUCCAAGUAAAAGAAAAGUAGUAGUUGAAGAAGAAAUUAUCGAGGAAAUCAGUGAUUUACCUCCAAAGCAAACAAAAAUAGAUAGAGAAGUAUCAAAUAUCAAGUUAGAAAUUGAGCCAAAGCCUCCUGUCCAUAAUUGGGCUAAAAGCUCAAAUCAGAAUGUAAAAAAAGGUAAAUUUAUGUCUGGGCUUGUGAAGGUUAAGAAAGAUACUGGGAAGGAAUCAGUUGAAGUAAAGGAGGACAGCACAAAAAAUACAAUAGUGAACAUUCCUACUAAAAAUGGUCUGUCUUUAUUAGGUGCAUACUCGGAUGAUAGUGAAAACAGCAGUAAUGAUGACUGAAUUUUAUUUGGACCAAAAAUACAUUAUUGUUAUUAAGCACUUUUGUUUUGUUUUACAUAUACUUUCAAUUAUUUUUCACUCUUCUCUCUUACCAACGUGAAUUUUUCUUCAAAAGGGCUUGACGAAUUUAAGUCUGGUACUGAAAUCACAGAAAAAAAAUGAAAUUAGAAGCUGCUUGACAGAUUGCUGUUACAUUGCCUUGAAAUAUAUUUUGCCUUACACAGAAUUAAAUUCUUCAAGACAUCAAAAGUAUAUUUUGUACUAAAAAAAUUGUCCGAAUGUCU